UGUAUAUGGCUUUGAUGCAAUCACAUACAACUUCCCGCAAUCUUUUCUCUACUAUUUCCCUGGUGAUCUCUCGUCCCUAGAAGCAAUGGUUGCUGCUGGAGUUCUGGUUUGCUCUCUAGUUUUUGCUCUCUCCCUUUUUGUUUGUUCAGCUCAGACUACUUCCAAUAAAAACCUGGGUUCAGGGAUCACUGCCGGUACCGAUUCUUCAUGGAAAUCUCCCUCUGGUCAUUUUGCUUUUGGGUUCUACCGCCUUGACAGCGGCUGCUUCCUUGUUGGGAUUUGGUUCGACAAGAUCCAGGAGAAUACACUGGUAUGGUCCGCCAAUCGUGAUGAUCCAGCUCGAAUUGGAUCAACCGUCAACCUCACACUCAGUGGCCAGCUUGUGCUGACACACUCAAAUGGAACUAAACUUUUAAUAUACAAUGGCACGCUCGCAAGUUCGGCUUCCAUGGAAGAUGAUGGAAAUUUUGUGUUGAGAGACUCUUCCUCAAAAAUUGUCUGGCAGAGCUUUGCUUUUCCUACUGACACGGUCUUACCAGGCCAAGUUCUGGUUAUGGGCCAGAAGCUCUACUCCAAUAUCAAUGGAACGGUAGAUUACUCGACGGGAAGGUUCAUGUUGGAGCUUCAGAUGGAUGGAAACGUGGUUAUUUCGUCAUUUCAGUUUGCAGAUCCAGGUUACUGGUUCACCUUAACUGAGGGAGAUAAGAAUAUAAGUCUAGUUUUCAACGCCAGUACUGCUUUUAUGUAUGUGAUGAAUACAACUUCUAUCCGAUACCGUAUGGGUAUGGAAAGAGAAGUGCCGACUCCAAUCACAGAUUACUACCACCGAGCAGUGAUCAAUGACUAUGGGAAUCUCCAGCAGAUGGUUUACAAGAAAGGAAGUGUCGGCCGGUGGAAGGUCGUGUGGGAGGCUGUCACGGAGCCUUGCAUUGUGUAUAAUAUUUGUGGGGUGUAUGGCUUUUGCACUUCGCCUGAUAACAAGACAGUGACAUGUACCUGUUUGCGGGGUUAUUCACCAUGGGAUCCAAAUGUGCCCUCAAAAGGAUGCUACCCCAAUGAGAUGGUGGAUUUUUGUGCCCCAAAUUCUUUGGCUUCAGAUUUAAUCCUUGAAGAGAUGGAUAAUACGGAUUUCCCCAAUGGAGCAUUUGGAGAUAUGGCGAAAAGCGCACCGUCAGAUUUGGUUAGCUGCCGGAAGGCAGUGAUGGAUGACUGUUCCUGCAUGGCUGGUGUUUGGGUGGAAUCAGUUUGCUACAAGAAGAGGAUUGUUGUCACCUCGCGUGUCCGGUGGUCCACGUUGCUGCUAGAUGGAUGGACACGCGAUUCUCAACACACAAGGCGCACCAUGCAUAUCUUUAGGGGAAUUCGGAUGAUGAUGGUCCGGCUGAUAACACGUGCCACGCGUCACCAUGAGCUGCGUGCCACGUGUUUCCCAAGGGGAGGGGUCCCUACAAGGAUGCCUUUGUUGAAUGCUAGAAGAAGCAACUCUUCUAAUAACAUAGUUGCAUUUCUUAAAGUUCCCAAGGUGAACAACAGUUUGGGGAUUUAUGACCACAAUGAAAGCCGCGCCCCAUCCCGGGCUGUCCUGCUUGCAGGUCUUUUAUCCUGCUCCAUACUUGCUGUACUGUUUGCGGCGUCCGCCAUCUAUCAUCAUCCUCUUGCUCAGCCCUACAUACGAAAACACCCUCCUCCAACUUUAAAAGUGCCGGUGGAGAUAAAUUUGAAAGCCUUUUCAUUCCAGGAGUUGCGGGAAGGGACAAAUGGGUUCAAAAACAAGCUAGGUGGCGGAGCUUUUGGUACUGUUUAUGGGGGGGUUCUUACCAUAGAGGAUGAAGAGGUUGAAAUUGCUGUGAAGCAGCUAGAUAAGGUGAUUGAUCAACAAGGUGAGAAGGAGUUCAUGAAUGAAGUUCGAGUAAUUGGUCUGACCCAUCACAAGAAUCUGGUUCGGCUGUUGGGUUUCUGCAAUCAGCACAAUCAUCGACUUCUGGUUUAUGAGCUGAUGAAGAAUGGGGCUCUAUCUAGUUUCCUAUUUGAUGAAGGGAAGAAACCCAGUUGGGAUCAAAGAGCUCAAAUCGUGCUUGGAAUCUCAAGGGGUCUGUUAUAUUUGCAUGAAGAAUGCGAGACACAGAUCAUUCAUUGCGACAUAAAGCCACAGAAUGUUCUUCUUGACAGUAACUAUACUGCCAAGAUAGCAGAUUUUGGUCUGGCAAAGCUUCUAAAGAAAGACCAAACACGGACCAGCACCAAUGUGAGAGGCACAAUGGGAUACAUGGCACCGGAAUGGCUCAAGAAUGCACCAGUAACCACAAAAGUUGACGUCUAUAGCUAUGGGGUUAUGUUGCUUGAGAUUAUAUUUUGCAGAAAGCACUUAGAGUUGCACCGAAUUGAGGAUGAAGAGACUGGAGGGGAUGACAUGAUUUUAGUUGAUUGGGUUCUAUGUUGCGUUAGAGAUGGGAAAUUAGAAGCUGUUGUUAGUCAUGAUACUGAGCUUUUAUGUGAUUAUAAGAGGUUCGAGAGGAUGGCCAUGGUUGGUUUAUGGUGCGUAUGUCCUAACCCAACCCUUCGGCCCUCUAUGAAGAUGGUGAUGCAAAUGUUAGAAGGAAGUAUUGAUGUUGGUAUUCCUCCCCUGAUCGAAACACUCAUGUUUUAA